GGGCAGGAACGUCGGUAGUUCGGUAGAUCCUGUGCCGGUGCAGGGCGGUGCGGCUGGCACGGUGCUUCCGCGAUGUAGGCAGGAUUCCAGGACUGAGAAGUUCCAGCAUUCGUGACAGCAGCGCAGCAGGUGUCGGAACCGGGUGACCAUGAACAGGCCAGGAAGAGCAGCUGCACGAAGUAAAGGUGGUGUUUCUGGACCAGACUUUACUGUACCACGCUUUGACAAGACUGUAUGACAAGCCUCCUCAAGGAGAAUUUUACAUGGGCCGUGAGAUCGCCAUGAACUUGACCAUGGGCAUGUGGGUCAAUAGGGGCCUCCCCGUUAUCCUACGCAAGACACUUCACCAGCGCACCCGAUGGAUCAUCGAGUCCGGCCUACCCGAGUGGAAUCGACUCAGCAUCAUCCAGCGGGCCAAGCAGAGGAGCCAGACCGGGACGGCGGGGGCGCAGUCCUUCACCUUCCACACCAUCCGCGUGGAGGACGUGAGCGGCCUCUUCUACCUGAUGGUCGCCUGCUUCUCCGUCUGCCUGCCGGCGGCCCUGCUGGAGCGCGUGACGUUCGCGCUCGGCGAGCGUCGCUGCUGCCGCCGUCGGCGCCGCGUGCGCGCUGCUUGAACGGGGAGCUACGCUCGACUGCAGCGUAGCUGACGCAGCGGUAACGCAUCACGGCGCUGCACUCGCCUGCUGCUGCAGCACUUCUUGUCGAAUACGUAGAAGAGCGCUUAGAAAGGCACACCACCUUCCUACAAAUAAAUAUUACUAAUA